AUGCAAUCAUGUGUCAUUUUGACCUUGUUGGGAAUUCUUAUUGGAAUUUAUGGAUUUACUUUAUUAAGGUUUUCUUAUAUGAGAUAUUUGUAUCGAUUGUUGGCAAUGAAUGAAUCUUCGGAGAAACAAAUCAAACUCCAUCGAAUGCUUUCGUCUGUUUUGUUUGGAAUUAUUGGUUCAUUAUGUUCUGGACUUUUAUAUGGACUGGUUUGGCUAUUGAUUGCCAUUAUUUACUUUUCCACAAAUGGGUAUAAUCCAAAACCUCAAUUAGGAAUCAAUAUCAUGUAUGUGAUUCAGGUUUUCAUUCCAUGUGUGUUAGGAAUAUUAAUUUUUCUUGUGGACAUUUUUGCGAAUUGGAAGAAAAUUCGAGAGAAGGGAAUUCUUCAUAUCUUUACUUUUGAAGAUCCAUUUCAUUUGAGAGUUGACAUCUUGACACUCUUUGGAAUUUUAUGUUGUUUGAUAUUAAUUGUGAUUUUUAAUGUGGGUUUAUUGGGAUCGGCUGCGCAUGUGAGUGACAUUCUGAUAGCCAUCUUGAAAAAGUUCACCCCCAUAUUCACAUACAUGUUGGGAGGUGGAUUCACUGCCGUGAUAUUGGAAUGGUUUCGACGGGCGCGCACUCGUUAUGAGAAGAAAUCCGAAAAAGACUCUGCAAAGGCCACUCAGUCAAGUAACGUUGAAUCACUUCUUGAAGAAUAUUUGAAAGAUGAAACCUUUCAAGAACUAUUCACACAGUACUGCACGAAAGAAUUUUCAUUGGAGAAUAUUUUACUUUAUAAGGAAUUGCAAGAAUUACAAAAAAAGAGUCAAUCCCUCUCGAAUGGAGAAAUUUCAGAGGAGGAUUUUCAUCAUAUUCAUGUGACAUAUUUUCAAAAUUAUUCAAAAUAUGAAGUGAACAUGCCUUCAAAAGUCACUCGCGAAUUGGAAACGUUAUGGCCCACAAUGAAUCAAAAGAAUUCCAACACUUCGAAUUUGGAAAUGACGGAAAAGAAGGAGUAG